CUUUCGUUAGUCUGGCAACUCUGCGUUCCCGCACCAUUCGCCUGCAAAUAAAUCGGAAAUAUGCAGUGUUAAAAUAGCGAAAAACUAGUUGGCAAACCGACUCGAUAAGUGCGGAAACUAAGAGUUAGCAGUACAAAAUUAAAUGUUUCGCGCUAUCUUCGAGCCAGCUCAGAAGCAGCCGCUCCCUAACUGAGAGAGCGGAAAACCCAGCUCUGGCCACUUGCUCCUCCAGAUCCUCCUUCUGCUCUGCUCCUCCUAAUCCUUCCCCGUCAGUUCCGGCCUCCACAUGACAGACGGCGAACAGCAGGAGGCGCUGGUCAAACGGGCCGAGGACGAGCGCGAGGACAUCUUCCGCCGCUACGAGCUGGGCCUGGAUCCCAGCAACGUGGUAGACUCCUGGGAGAAUCCCACCUUUGAGAUCUAUCACAGGACUGACAAAUAUGGCUUCAUGCACGACUCCCGCCUGCCGACGACGCGGGAUGCACAGGAGGUGCAUCGCACCAAGAUCGAGCUGGAGCGGGACAAGAAGUGGAUGAAGAUGCUCAACCAGUGGCCACCGCCCCAGGACAAGCUGCAUAAGCGUGUAUACAAAGGCAUACCGGAUCGUGUGCGCAUGGUGGCCUGGAAUAAGCUGCUGAAUGUCCAACAUUCGAUCGACAGCAAUGCUGGCGUUUAUCCACGCAUGCUGCAACUGGCCAGGAAAUAUUCCACGGAGACGCGUCAGAUCGAUGCGGAUGUGAAUCGUCAGUUUCGCGACAAUCUUGCCUUCCGAGAGCGCUACAGCGUGAAGCAGUGCUCGCUGUUCAACGUCCUUAACGCCUACAGUAUCUACAACUCGGAGCUGGGCUACUGCCAAGGCAUGGCCUGUGUGGCCGGCGUGUUGCUGCUCUACUUAAACGAGGAGGAGGCCUUCUGGGCACUGAACAGCCUGAUCACAGACCAAAAAUACGGCAUGCACGGCCUGUUUAUUGAGGGAUUCCCCAAGCUGACGCGAUUCAUUGACCACCACGAUCGGAUAAUGUCGAAGAUAAUGCGCAAACUACACAAGCACUUUACCAAACACAACGUUGACGCUCUGUUAUACGCCAUUAAGUGGUUCUUUGUCGUCUUUGUGGAGCGGGUCCCUUUCAGUUUGAGUCUGCGUGUAUGGGACAUUUUUAUGUUAGAUGGAGAUCGUGUUAUUUUAUCUAUGGCCAUCACCAUUUUGUAUCUUCACAAAGACGAGUUGCUGCGCCUAAAGGACAUGGACGCCAUUAUAGAGUAUUUGCAAGUAAAGCUGCACAAGAAUUUCGGCUACAGUGACGACGACGCUAUUCAGGCACUGGAACGAGUGAUGAAGAAGCUCAAGGACCUCAAGCUGGACGUGCCGCCGCCAGCCAAGUCGAACGAGUUCCCCACCCGCAAACUCGGUGUAUUUGUGGAGGCGGACAUGGAGAAGAAGAUCGGGCGCAGACGCAACGAUUACACAGACGCGGAGAAGCAAGUCAUAACAGAUGUGAUAUCAAGGCAAGAACAAAACGCGAUUGAGGUUCAAUCCACAGUGUCCUACGAAACGUCGGAGUGCGCCACGGUUACGCUUACUGUUCCCGAGGAUUCCCACUCAAUACGAAGUUCGCUUGCAGGUACUUCAGUUGCCUCGCACGGCUCGUCGGAGACAAUGUCACUGGAGGACAAUAAUAUCCACCUGAGGACCGCCAACAUGCUGCAGAACACUCCGCAGCGUGAGAUGCUUCUUGGCACCUGACGUCAGCUGCCGCCUGCGUUUUCCACGGCGCAGGCAGCUGCAGAUAAUCGACACCCACUAACCACAGCCACCUCUACGGGAUUAGGCGUAGCAGGAGCUUCGGGAGCUAGUCCCAAUUCUUCGCCAAGAGCCACACCCACACCGCCGCCCGUGCCGCCGAGAUCGCCUCUGGCGCUGGGAUGACUAGCAAAGCAAAAGGCGGCGGCAAACCGGAGCUAGACAACCUAGUUCCUGGUGCUCGCCGUCGCCUGCCUUUGUUUAGCCUUAAGUAUUCUAGACCUGCCACCGCUGAAACCACUCUUAGGAGCCGUAGCAUUAGCCGGCAUCAAGCUUCCAGGAGUCUAGAGUUACAGCCUUUGUAAAUACGCUGCGGGAGAACAAACUGUGCUUGCAGAGAAACUUCGUGCACGACUUGGUAGUGAAUACCUAUGCUGGGAUAGAUGCGCCAAACUACACUUACAACAGUUUCGAGUUGAACAAUUAAUACAAGCAAUCGAGAAUUACAUACGCAAAAUGAUAGUGGAACAAACAAUAUUUAAGCAAGAGCAAAUCGUAUCUAAUACAACUACAAAGCGGUUAGAAAUCUAUUAUAUGCAUAUUGAAUUCAACUCAAAAAUAUAUAUUAUAAAAAUUGUUGUAAAUUGUACUUGUAUAUACGUACCGAAAAAAAUACAAAGCAACGUUAAAAAGUUACGUCCAUGAAAUGCAAACGAAUGUAAAGGCGAAAGGCAACCAAAUAUAAAUUAAAAUCGAAUGAUUACUCUAGAUAUAUGUAUAGUUAUACCAGCAUAGCAGAACAAACUGACAAGUGAAUUAAGUAUUUAUAAUUAAUUUCAUGAUUAACCUUUACACGAACAUGAAUCACUAGCUUAAGUUUCUCAGCAAACGGAAUUAUGUUAAAUUAAGUUUAAAUUAUGUUCAAAAACGUUUCAAAAUAAAACUGUCAACUGAAGCUAAGCUAA